AUGGAUGCCGAUGUCAUCAAAUGUAACAAUUUACCAUGCCGCUCAAGUAUUACGGAUAAGGCUGUAGUGACGACGUGCUCGCACCUAUUCUGCGUCGACUGCGCCAACGAGCUGUUCAACACGGCGCAGCUCUGCCCAGCGUGCGAUACCGCACUGACUGAGCCAGACGAUGUCGUCGUGUGCUCUCUUCAGCCCACGAACGACUACAAAACGUCCGUUCUCUCUGGUCUGAGCCCAUCGAUCAUCCUUGAGAUAUGCAGUCGCGCGAUCGCCUUCUGGCAAUACCAGAUGCACCAAGAGAACGCCUUUCAGCACGCAGUAGUUCGCAACGUAAACGACAAGAACACCCAGCUUCAACGCGACCUCUCGAGCGUCACGCGCGAGGCGGACAGUGAACUCGCCGCGCUGCGGAACAAGCUCCGCGAACUCGAGCGCGACCUUGAGCUCGAGCGGCGCAAGGUCCGCGAGCUCGCCGAGACUGGAAAGACCAAGGACAAGGAGUAUCAGAAGCUCAAGGCCCAGCACGAACGCCUGAAGCACAGAACGCUCAUCAGCGGUAGUCUCAAUGCUAAUGCCAACCCGUCGAACGCCGGCGGCAUGGUGGACAGCCUGCAGGCACCACAAGCGACUCGUGCUUCGCAGAUGCGCGUCGACUCGCCCGCGCCGAUGCGCCGACAGUUCUCCGCCGCGCCCGAGGCUCGCGCACCGACGGUGCAGGCUCCCCGCUCUCGCAGUGUACACCGUGUAUUCCCACCAGCGCCGCCGCCCAAGCGCGGUUUCAGGCCUGCCAACGUUUCGGUCUCUGGUCCAGCGCAGAACACGCUCUACGGAUAG